AUGUAUUCUCCAUCUAAUCAGUUACAAGGAAGUUUCACUCAAAGAGUAGAUUUAUGGAGUACUUCUUGCUCACAGGCAGUGGGGCAUCAUGCAAGGAUAGGUUCAGUUGAUUUUUCUGUUAAGAAGAACGUGAAGUCAUCUCAACUGCAAAAUGCGACAUGUUUUGUCGGUUUAGGACAACAGUUGCAGUGCAGACUAUUAGCAAGAAGCCAUAUCCUUAAUGUAAAGUCUGAUAUACUCUCCCACCAAAAGGUUUCUAGUGUAAGCUGGAGUUUGGGAAGUAUGCCACAAAGAAUAGGAUGUGUAGUCUCUGGACUAGGUUUUGCAGUGUCUGGGCUGGCGAGUGCUGAGGGUCCUGUGAACAACAACAUAGAUAGCACCGAACCUGACAAGUCAUCAACAAAUUUAUCUCAUGGGAAAAAAGUUUACACAGAUUAUUCUGUUACUGGCAUUCCUGGUGAUGGAAGGUGCCUGUUCCGUUCUGUGGCUCAUGGUGCCUGCAUUAGGUCAAGGAAGCCCUUACCUAAUGAGGAUCAUCAAAGAAAGCUAGCUGAUGAGUUGAGAACAAAGGUUGCACAUGAAUUUAUCAAGAGGCGGGCAGAGACUGAAUGGUUUGUUGAGGGGGACUUCGAUACAUACGUAUCUCAGAUUAGGAAGCCACAUGUCUGGGGAGGUGAGCCAGAGUUGUUCAUGGCUUCACAUGUUCUUCAGAUGCCAAUCACCGUUUACAUGCAUGAUAACGAAGCCGGUGGUUUAAUAGCGAUUGCUGAAUAUGGCCAAGAGUAUGGGACAGAAGCUCCCAUCCAAGUUCUUUAUCAUGGUUAUGGCCAUUAUGAUGCCCUGCAGAUACCAGGAAAGGGUGGUCCGGGGUCAAGAUUGUAA